GACGCCGACGCUCUGCUUCAAGUAAACAAACAUAUUUCUACGAGUUACCAUUUAAAAGAAUGGAGAGCUGCCCAAAUCAGACAGGACCCGUUUCUGUUACUGAAUCUCCUCCGAGAUCGCUACACCAUUCCCAACGACAAAAACGAGUCGUUAAGAAUCCGCUGGAUACUUUGCAAGACUACGAGCUCAGGAAAUUGUUAAAAUCUAAAAGAAUGGAGAUCUGUUCCAUUGAGGACCCCUUUCUGUUACUGGGCCUCCUCCGAGAUCGCUACAUCAUUCCUGAGGACAAAUACCAGGCUAUGAUCGCACUGGAGGACAGAAGUGAGUGGUCCAAAGCCAUCUACAAACUGCUGGAAUGGAUGGAUGUCACAAACAGUCCAACGAUCCGGGUUUUUUGGAACGUCCUGUUUGAGGAUUGUAUCCUGAGUCAGUACCCCCAACUCCAGCAUCUCUACGACAGCCUCUCCAGAUGUGACGAUAGCAAAACCAAACCAUUGGGGUUACACACAAGAGUACCCCCCACAGUGACAGCACAGCACAGUGUGAGGAAGCAUUGUGAAGCACAGAGAGAGAACGUCGGAGAUUUCAGAUUUUCUGAACAGAGCGACUCGGAGGGAGCCGGUACAAGCAGCUUGAAACGAGAUGCGGAGACGCACGCGGAGGGUUCACCCGCUAAACGAGUCCGGCAAGACAACAAAUCUCUCAAGAAAACCCGCCCUCUUCUGAUUCUAAAAAGUCCAGACUUCGCGGCAGUGGAACAGGAAUUAUCCAGAAUGAAACAGGACCUGGACACAGUGAAGGGAGAACUGACCACAGUGAAGACAGAACGGGACACAGUGAAGGGAGAACUGACCACAGUGAUGAGAGAACGGGACACAUUGACGAGAGAACUGACCACAGUGAAGAGAGAACGGGACACAGUGAAGGGAGAACUGACCACAGUGAAGGGAGAACUGACCACAGUGAAGGAAGAACGGGACACAGUGACGAGAGAACUGUCCACAGUGAAGGAAGAAGGGGACACAGUGAAGGGUGAACUGACCACAGUGAAGAGAGAACGGGACACAGUGAAGGGAGAACUGACCACAGUGAAGGGAGAACUGACCACAGUGAAGGUAGAACUGACCACAGUGAAGGGAGAACUGACCACAGUGACGAGAGAACUGACCACAGUGACGAGAGAACUGACCACAGUGAAGAGAGAACUGACCACAGUGAAGAGAGCACGGGACACAGUGAAGAGAGAACUGACCACAGUGAAGAGAGAACUGACCACAGUGAAGGGAGAACUGACCACAGUGAAGAGAGAACUGACCACAGUGAAGAGAGCACGGGACACAGUGAAGGGAGAACGGGACACAGUGAAGAGAGCACGGGACACAGUGAAGAGAGCACGGGACACAGUGAAGGGAGAACGGGACACAGUGAAGGACGUGCCUUUGAAUAAAAUAUCUGCAGAGAGGGAAAGACAUAUUUACUCUGCCAACAUCGGCAGAUGCGACCAAUACGCGCUGCAGAUCUUUAAAUCCUUAGUGAAUCGGGAGAUCCUGCGCCAGUGGGCGUUUCAUGUCAAUUACAACGGAACGGGAGCGAAGAUGGCCGUGCCUCAAAACGUAAUUAAAGCCAUGACCGCGCAGGUCCGGAAAAGGUUCCCCGGAAUCGGACUGGCGGAGGAACAAGCUAUCCGUGACCAGAUUAAUGGAUUUCUGCGGAGACCCAACACGGCGCUGCAGCGUUAAAAAAUAAUUCCUGUGCGUGCGUCAGCUGUAAAGCACAGAGUGAAAACAAUCUGCAGACGGGAUUAAGAGUCUGAAUACCAAUUUAGUGACGUUUUAAUGAUUUUUAAUUUUCUUAUAAUUGUAUCGAUGUGUGUGUGUGCGUGCGUGUGUGUGCGUGCGUGCGGGUGUGUGUGUGUGUGUGUGUGUGCGUGUGUGUCAGUGGGUGUGCGUGUGUGUGUGUGCGUGUGUGUCAGUGGGUGUGCGUGUGCGUGUGUGUGUGCGUGUGUGUGUGUUUGCGUGUGUCAGUGUGUGUGUGUCAGUGGGUGUGCGUGUGCGUGCGUGCGUGUGCGUGUGUUUUGUUUCCACUGUUAAAGUGACGCUGUGACGCGCCAGUUUUGAUACAGGAAUGUCUCGCGGGACGGGGUGGAGAAUGAUAGUUUAAUUUCAGAUUUUAUUUUUAUUAUUAUUAUUUAAGGUUUUGCGCACACCGGACGUGACGCCAGCUGCCUCGCAUCUCAGUGUGCGCUGCUUUAAAAUAAUAAUAAUAAUAAUAAUAAUAAUAAUAAUAAUAAUAAUAAUAAUAUCACACUGUUAAUAAGAACAUAAGAAAGUUUCCAAACGAGAGGAGGCCAUUCAGCCCAUCUUGCUCGUUUGGUUGUUAGUAGCUUAUUGAUCCCAGAAUCUCAUCAAGCAGCUUCUUGAAGGAUCCCAGGGUGUCGGCUUCAACAACAUUACUGGGGAGUUGUGAUCGCUGGAGGGGUAGAUUUCUACACGCAUAUAAUC